AUGAAAGUAGUGUUGACAUCAUCAGCAAAAACCCAGUUCCAGAAGUCGACUCCUUCUUCAGUGGCCGACUCUCUCGAGUCGGCCACUGAAGAAGGAGUCGACUUCUGGAACUGGGUUUUUGCUGAUGAUGUCAACACUACUGACGAACACAAGCCUUCCAGUCAUUUGAAGGAUGAACUGGAAUACCAUUACGGCAUCAAAAUGGACAAUAAGUCACCCCAUUUGGCCGAUGAGAUGGACUUUCAUAUGUUUAAUUUACACGAUUUUGACAAAAAUAAAUUUCUGGAUGGCUUGGAGUUGCUGUCAAUGCUGGACAAUCACGGCUCCGGCCAUCACUCGCCACAACAUACAUACCCCGACUUCUCGCUCCGACAGCAUCUCUUUAGCGCAAACCUUUCCGUCCAUCCAUUGGCUGUCAUCACACAAAUCGGUGACCUUUUCGCUACACUUCUGCCACGUAUUCAUACCAUUCUCCUGAGGAAUACACACAUCAAUAGAUAG